CCAUAACGUUCCCACUGUUGCUGUUUCUUUUAUUCAUCUGUGAUUAAUCUUUUUGAUGACACCCAGUGCAAUUCGUUCUUAAGAGGAUACUGUGAAGGAAAUAGUGUAUGCAGAAAAUAGUGAAAAAAAAAUAGAGUUCAAUACAACUUUCAAUGUUUUUCGAAAAAAUGUUUGGACGCAGAGCGUUGUUACUUUUGCUGCUCAUUUUUUGUGUUUGUUCACCAGGAAUUUUAGCUGAAAGACAAGAAGAUCCUCACCAACACCAAGCAAAUACCUUCUCAUGGGCAGACUAUCUGGUACUUGGAUUCAUGCUGAUCAUAUCUUGCGGUAUAGGCGUAUUCUACGGAUUCUUCAAGAAACAACAAGAGAGCAGUGACGAUUUCCUUUUAGGAGGUAGCAAGAUGGGCACCAUCCCAAUGUCGAUGUCCCUUGCUGCAAGUUUCGUCACAGCAAUAGAACUCUUGGGCAACCCAAGUGAAAUGUACAACUACGGACUUCAGUUCUGGAUGAUUUGCAUCGCCUUUUUGGCAGUGGUGCCUCUAACUUCAAACCUCUACCUCCCAGUGUUUAUGGAGUUGAGGCUGACCAGCAGCUAUGAAUAUUUUUCUUUGAGGUUCAAUUCCACCACCAGGUAUAUAGCUAGUGGUCUGUACAUCUUCCAGAUGGUUCUUUACACCAGUGUAGCUGUGUUUGCUCCAGCUUUGGCCCUUAGCAAAGUAACUGGACUCGAUGUUUAUUUGGCUGUAACCGGAGUUUACGUAGUUUGCAUUUUUUACGCUUCUCAGGGUGGCAUGAAAGCUGUGAUUAUAGCUGACACCUUUCAAACAUUUGUGUUGAUAGGAUCUUUGAUAGCGAUUGUGUGGAUUGGUCAAAAAUUUUUGGGACCAGAUGCUAAGGUUUGGUUGGAUAAUUACCAAACAGAAAGGCUGGAAAUAUUCAAUAUGACUUCAGAUAUGACCGUUCGUCACAGUUUUUGGUCAGUUGUGAUAGGAGGUACUUUCUACUGGAUGACCAUGUUCUGUUCAAACCAGGCCUCAAUCCAGAAAUACAUGUCGGUCCAGUCUAUAUCGCAAGUGAGGAAAGCCUUGUGGGUCUCCGCUUUCGGGCUGAUUCUCGUCUACAGCUUGAAUUUCUACACGGGUAUGAUCAUGGUGACCCGGUUCAAGGAUUGUGACCCACUCAGAUCAUGUGCAAUCGGAGAUUCUGAUGAAUUGCUGCCCUACUAUGUGAUCACUGAGAUGGGACAUCUUAAAGGCAUCAUGGGAUUCUUUGUCGCUGGAAUAUUUGCCGCCAGUUUGGGAACAGUGGCUUCAGCCCUGAAUAGUUUGUCAGCAGUAACGAUAGAAGACUUCAUCGAGGGAGCCUUUGAUUUCAAGGUGCCCAAAUCUAACGGUGCCUUUUGGGCUAAGUGCAUCUCGAUAGGCUAUGGAGCCGUCAGCUUUGCUCUGGUUUUCGUUGUUGCCAAACUGGGCAGUGUGAUGCAGGUGGCCAUCAGCUUCAACGGGAUGGUUGGUGGGAUUACACUAGGACUUUUCACGUUGGGCAUGUUCUUUCCUUCAGCUAAUUCUAAGGGUGCCAUAUUUGGGAGUAUAGUAGCAGUGGCUCUGAUAACGCUUAUGUGCAUCGGUCAACAAAUAUCCAUCGCCAGCGGAAGUCUGGAGCAGAUCAGAAAAGAGACUAGCAUUUCAGGUUGUUCGAAUGUAACCACAACAGAAGUUCUCACUCCAAUCCUGGGCCAAGGUGAAAUUACUUCGAUUGGUGAUCCCAUCUUCGUACUCUAUAGAAUAUCCUACAUCUGGUAUUCUAUGAUUGGCUUCUUGAUAACUGUUAUCAUGGGGCUGUUGGCGUCGUACGCCACUGGUUCAGAAGGGUCCGGGGGGAUUGACGAAAGGUUGCUAACUCCAAUCGUGAAAAACUAUUUUCUUACCAAGGGAAAACUGGAUGCAAGUCCAAAAAUAACAGGAACUAGAAAGCCCUAUAGAGAUAACGCAGAAAACUGGAGGAAUUACAAUUAUUGUUCACUUAAAUGUUACAGUGAUAAUUAUUUAUUUAUUGAUCGGAGUUCAUACAUUCCCAUUUGAUGUUGAUAAUUUUAGAAAUUAAUAUUUACUCAUAUGUAUAAUUUUGUUAAUUAUUUAAUUUGGUUAAUAAAUUUUUUGUAUUUU